UGUCCGUCUGUCACAAUAAUAACCUAAAUCACUAAUAAACAAACCCCUCUAAAAUGUCCUUCGAAACCCUCCACAUAGAAAAAAUCUGCCGCACGUGUCUUUCAGAGGAAGGUGACAUGCGAUCCGUCUUCAGCAUCGACGAGUCCAUCGGCGAAACAAUGCGCCUGUUUGAAAUGCUUAUGUCGUGUGCUGCCGUACAGGUUCUGGAGAACGACGGCUUGCCGAGCCAAGUGUGUUUACAAUGUGUUCAUUACAUAACCCGUGCUUUCUCGUUCAAACAGUUGUGUGAGAGAUCAGAUGCUACUUUACGGCAGCUACUGGGGAAACCCAUGCAGACCACCUUAAUGGAACUGAAGCCGCUGCUGAGUGCAGACACGCACGAUCAAACUUUCAGCGACGUCAUGAACACGGUCACCGAGAACAUGCACGCAGUAUCGGCUUCAGUUUCGGAGGUCUUGAACAGUGCUGUGGACUCUAUCAGUGUAAAUAGUAUUCACAUUAAUAAUUCGUUCAAGUCGGACGAGGCGCCGGACUUGAAGAUGAAGCUAGAGUUCGCGGAGAACGACGUCUUGGGGCUUGGUGGAAUCGAAUCCUGCGGCAGCGACGGAGAGAUUAAACUAAACGAACAAAAGAAAUCUCCGAAGAAAAAGAAAAUCAAAGAUGACACAGACCAGCCCAUUUACCCUUGUGAAGAGUGUACACAGUGUUUCACCACCAUGGUUGACUUAAAGGCACACGCCAAAACGCACCCCAAAAUGAGCAGACACAUUUGUAAAAUCUGUAAUCAGGGAUUUGCCAGUGCCAGCACGCUGUGUCGACACAUGAAGGUUCACGAUGGUGCCAAAAGACAUUUGUGUAGCGAGUGUGGUAAAGGGUUUGCAAGGUCGGAUGAUCUCACACGACAUAUACGGACGCACACUGGCGAAAAACCCUUUCCUUGUAAAUUAUGUGGGAAAUCUUUUGCGCAGUCGUUCCGUUUAUUAGAGCACAUGAGAGCCCACGCCAACGAAAAAAGUUUUAUUUGUUCGGUGUGUGGGAAGGCGUUUUCACGGUAUACGAGCCUGGCGGCUCACAACAAAACGCACAGCGGCAUCAAAAGCCACGCUUGUGGAGUGUGUGGGAAGAGGUUGUGCGGCUCGGGGUCGCUCGCAAUGCACAUGAAAACCCACACGGGCGUCAAAGACCACAUCUGUCCCUACUGCGGGAAAGGUUUCACGACCCCCAGCAACCUAAUCAUCCACAAACGGACCCACACAGGUGAACGCCCCUACGUCUGCAACGAGUGCGGCAAAGGCUUCCCCGACCCCUCCCGUCUCACAGUUCACGCGCGAUCUCAUAGCGGGGAAAAACCCUACGUAUGCAACGACUGCGGCCGGGGCUGCGUCAGUUCUUCGCAACUGAAGAAACACCGACGCAUCCACACGGGGGAAAAACCGUACCAGUGCAACUUGUGCCCGAAAGCUUUCCCGCGAAGCGAAGAUCUCAGGAUUCACAUAAAAACUCACACGGGUGAUAGAAACCACAUUUGCACGAUUUGCAAAAAGGGCUUCUAUCAAGCGUCGACGCUGAAAGUGCAUCUCAGGAUUCAUACCGGUGAAAAACCGUACAGUUGCAAUAUUUGUAAUAAGGCUUUUUCACAAACUGGACCUCUAUCGACGCAUAUGAAGACGCAUGCGUCAUAGUAUUACGAGAUGGGGGUUUGAGGGGCGUUACUUAAGUUGUUGAUUGUUUGAGGGGUGGAAAUUUUAGCAUCACAAGGUGGGAGUGAGUGGGGAGAGAAUGACGUUUUUUCUUUUUUGAGGAAUUAUAGGAUGAAGAAUAAGCUGUUAUGUAUAUUAGGAUAAACAGGUCUGUCUUAAGUAGUAGAGCUUGUAUUAUUUUUUAAUGUAUGAUGUAAGUACAUAAAUUUUUAGUAUAUUUUA